AUGACCAAAGCAAAACGGGGAGAGCAAGGCCCAAGCAAGAUGGCGGGAAGGAAGCAGCCUACAACAACGCGCCCACUUAUCAAGCCUCCCAAGCAUACUCGGGUGUUUUAUUACCUGCUCCGAACCAGCCUCUGGACACGGCUGAAUAACCGGAGACUGACCUUCAAACAGGCAAUGAGAGCGGUAACAAAGCAAGCUUGCCUGGACACCAGCGCCAAAGCCCACACGCACCAGAGCAAGACCCGCCAGUGCACCCGACCCGCUCACCCUACAGUGGCUCCAGAGACCUAUACCCAGCGUGACACGCUCCCGCACAGGAGAACCCAUGGAACAGACGUGACACUGACCGGGAGACGGGGAGGUGGUACAUCAAGAAAUGAUGGAGGCUCAGCAAAACCAAAAUUAGCAAAAGCGACUGUGGCACCAAAGAGAAGAAGCUCCCAGGUAGCAAGAAUACUGCUAGAUGGAAAAUCAAAGACAACUAGGAGAAUCCAAAUGCUUGAAGACAUGAUUAAACCGUUUAGAGUUCAACCAUGCUUCAUGAAUGACCCAAUCAUUAAAAGCCAAGCUCUUCUUGAAAGAACACCUGCUUUGAAAAAAGGUCCUCUGGACAUUGAAAAUACUGCUUGGUGCACAUGUCAAAACUGCUGUGUGGUGGAAAUGGAGGAUAAGCACAUAUGCUGUCAUGGGAUUUCUAGUUUAAGGUUACUUUUGAACGAAGAUAAAGUUUGCAUUACCAGCCACCCAUUCUUCCAGGAGAUGUGUUUGGACCAUGAUCAACUUGACUUCCUCUAUCGUUUCUGGGGCCAGACUUCAAAAAAAGAGGAAGUUCUCAAUUACAUACACAAGCUCAGAAGAACCGCAUAUAGGGCCUUCAUGGUUUGGGCACAUGGUUUCUUGGACCGUCGCAACCCUAAACCUAUCCCAGCAUGUGUGGUCAGGACCGUAAGAGCUUCUUUGCCAUACCCAGAAGAGCUAAAUGUUGGUUUUAUGAAGAUGUAUGAUUAUCCAGCUGCUAUAAUGGCUUUGGGCUCACAGCUCCCUUUUAAGCUGUUCCUUUGAUAUGCAAUUUUUCCAUAUUAAAGUACACAUAUUGUGUUAUCUUGUAUCUUAUUUGUUAUU